AUGGCCCCUCUUUCUGAGCAACCUGUCUUCAAAGAGCUUAGGACUCUCGUCAAACUUUCUCCCUCUGAUGAUGAUCCCAACUUUCCCAGCUUUAAAAAAUGCCAUGCCUCCGAGCUUUGCCGUUUGGGCACUAAAGGUAAGAAAGGAGAGCGGGAAAAAGAAGCACAGAGGGCCUGGGAAGACUUGAAGGAAGCAUUUCCAGAUGAAGUCAAAUUCUACGACAAAAUCAUCGAGUUUCUCCCUUUGAUUCACUGCAACAAGCAUAAAGGGAGUGGUUACCUCCAAAAGCGUUUCGAUGACUGGAAAAAGUCCCGAAUUGAGAACUCGGGUUACGCUUCAUCUGAGGCGUCGCUACCUGGCACACCAACUCAAAAUCAAGUCUUUGAAUCUCCUACUGUGGAAUACGAUACCCCUCCCUCAAGCCCUCUUGUCGGAGAUGACACACCAAGAACCGCAGAGAAAAGUCCGGCUUCCAGCUUUGGUAGCUUCGUCCCGUGCACUCCAAGCAGGAUCAACCACCACAGUCCUCUUCCCAACAUCGACGACCUGUCAACUUCUGACGGUAACUCGAAAGAUAUUCCCGUUUUGGCACUCGGCAUUAAUUCGACCCCAGACAAGCCUGCCGAUUCUGGUAAGCCAGAUGGUAUUGCGGAAAACGUCACCGAGAUCAAUGUCAUUUCCCCCAAAGAAGCUUCGCAUGGGCUCCCGAUUCUCGCUAAGGAAGAUGGCGUCGCCGAAGAAACCGGCAUUGUGGAAACCAUCGACGACGAUGCAGGCGCAGAUGACAAUGACUCCGAUACUGAUGAGCCGCGACUUGCCCAUCCGACCCUUGGUCAACUCGGGAUAAGGAGGAACGGAACCAUAAGCAACAAAUCCGAUAUCAUAAAGGAAUUAGGCAGGUCCCUGACACAGAACCAGAUGCGAAAGGGCAAAGUGUACGUUCUGAAGCACAAGGAGCAAGACAACUUGUUCAAGAUUGGAUGGACCGCAACCACUGUCAGCACAAGUCUAUCACAGCCCAGCAACUGCUACGGAGGAUCAUGUGUGCUCAAGCCCAUCCACGAAUCCGACGAAGCAUUUAGAGGUUCUCUGAAAGCCCAGAGACUAGCACACGUAUAUCUCAGAGAUAUCAACCUAAGGAUUGACAAGUGCAAAACAUGUGGCAAAGGGCAUAGGGAAUGGUUCAAUGGGCCUUUAGGUGCUAUUAUGAGCACGGUUAGGGUCAUGGAGAACUUUGUCCGCAGGCCUGCUUAUGACUUGGAGGGAAAGCUUUUCGAUGAAGCGAAAGACAUUGUGAUGAAAAUGACCAACGUCACACUCAAGGGAAUUGAAGACUUGAGGGAGAAGGACGAAGAGUCGGAGAGAGCCCCCGUGAAGAUCACUGGCGUCAAACCUCUAGCAGUUACACAGACUGCAGUCUCUGAGGAUUCGGCUUAUUUGCACGGAAGUCCAGGUAAAGUUGACGAGUCGUCAAGCCAAACAGAAGUACUCGCAACAUCUGCGGAUGCCUCUCAGGAACCGACAUUUCCCUCGGAGGCGAAGAGAGGUAAAUUCCACAUCCUUUUCAAAAGACAUGGUGGAGGUACCAAGAACAAAAUCCCCAAAGAGGAGGCAGAGCCUUACAAGAAUUCGGCCAACGAUGAGGAGUUCACUGUUGAACUUCUCUGGACGCUGGACCAAUAUGGUGGCAAGACUGAAAACAAGUACGAUGAAAGACCUCGAGCAUGGAGUUCAUAUUUUCAGAAAUUGGCCGAGUAUAUUGCGCGCUUCAAGGCAACGGUCAAGAAAGCGAGUUGA